GGCAAUAUUCUUAUUGGAAUCAAAUCACCCAAAACAGAGCACCAGGAUCAGGAGAAUGUACAAUUUACGACUGCUGCGGCGAAUCCUCCCCAGCGCCGGCCAACCACACCCACGCUGGAUGGCCAGCCAGCACAAGCGGCGCCCCCAGCCGGGCAGCCUGCCACCGGAUCGGCUGGAGCAGCUGCGCAGCGAUCUCCUCGAGCGUCGCCAGGAGCUGAGCGCCGCGGAGUGGACGGAGGUGCGCCAGUCGCUGGUGGACGGCUACAAGCACAUCAACGGGCACAAUGUGGACGCAGUGAUCCUUGGCGUCUGCAGUGGCCCACGACAACUGCCGCUGGCCAAGAACUAUGUGGAGUUCCUCCGCAGUCGGGGCUCCCAGCCAAAUGCAGCCACCCUGGGUCGCCUGCUGAGGGUUUACAAUGCCGCCUACCACGAACGACCGCUCAGCGAGGCGGAGCAGGCCGAGAUCUUGCUGAUCUGCAGGACCCUGCAGGCGGAGCACGAAACCCUGGACGCCAGCAGCUGCGAGCACAUAAUCCACGGACUGGUGGCCACAGAGGGCGACAAUUGGCACGGAGCCCUACCGCUUCUCGAGAUGAUGAAGGUCACCACCAGUGCGCCCAGCGUGGCCGCCUACUCUGCGCUGGCGGAGAAGGCUUUUAGUGUGGAAACGGAGCAGGCGCUGGAGAUGGCCUGGCGCCUGCUGGAGGAAAUGGCCACGGCCCGCAAGCUACCCAAAUGUGAGGUCUACCUGUCGCUGCUCAAUCGCCUGGCCAACGAAACUAGCCAGCUACCUGCCCAGCUUAAUCGUCUCUUGGACUUCCUUGAGCGCCAUGAGAUUCUAGUCAGCCAGCGGGUGGCAGAGCGCAUGCAGGAGCUGGCCCAGCAGGUGCCGCAGCUCCUCGAGGCCAGUGCCACCAGUCUGGGACCGCUGGGCAAGUGCCAGUCCUGCCAGCAGCACCUCCAGCCGGUGGCCAUCAGCGAUGAACAGUUCAGGCGGCUCAGCGAAUGUUUCCUGGAGCGCGUGCUCAUACGACGCGAUGUCUUCCAGUCAUCCACGCCCGAGGAGGUGGCCAGGUUCAAGAAGUACGUGGCCAAGACAGCUCCCUACGACUGUGUGAUUGAUGGCCUCAAUGUGGCCUACUCCACGGGCACCAAAAAGUCACCCCAGCAGCUGGCCAAGCUGGUGGCCACUGUGGUGCGGCACUUUCGGGAUCAGGACAAGCGUGUCCUGGUCCUGGGACGCGAGCACAUGCGCAACUGGUCCAAGCAGGCCAUGCACUAUGUCCAGAGCAACGCCAGCCUCUUCCUCACCAGCAAUCUGUCGCACGACGAUCCCUUUCUGCUGUAUGCCACGUUGCGCAGCGGCCAGGACACGGACUUCUUCUCCCGCGACCUGAUGCGCAGCCACGCCUUCCACCUGGGGCCCGAGCUAAAACCCAUCUUCCGACGCUGGCAGCAGGAGCACCAGUUCUCGCUGGUCACCCAGACGCAGACGGGUCGGAUUAUAGUCAAGGAGCCCAUCCGCCAUCGACUGAAUGCCCACGAAGUGUCGGGCACCUGGCAUGUGCCCUACUGCGAGGCGUACACCCAGCAUCCCACGGAGAGCUUCGAGGUGCCCGCCAAUUGGCUGUGCCUCAAGCUAAAGGAGCCAAAGGAAACCCAUCAAACCCAGGACAGACGGUGACUGUGUAAACACUUUAAGUGAGAAGCCGAAGAUUAACAAAUAUAUAUAUAUACUGGAUGAGCCGUCCUAGACACCAAA